ACACACACGGUGACGGCGCCAUGAUGACGCUCGAUUUCCUCAACGAUGUGCGGCGCAUGAAUAAGCGGCAGCUGUACUAUCAGGUGUUGAAUUUUGGCAUGAUCGUGUCAUCUGCACUGAUGAUAUGGAAGGGACUGAUGGUUCUCACAGGGAGUGAGAGUCCAAUCGUAGUUGUACUCAGUGGGAGCAUGGAACCAGCGUUCCAUCGGGGGGACCUGCUAUUCCUGACAAACCGCGUGGAAGAUCCUAUCAGAGUCGGCGAAAUCGUUGUCUUCAGGAUUGAAGGGCGAGAAAUUCCAAUUGUGCACAGAGUGCUGAAGAUUCACGAGAAAGAAAGCGGAGACAUCAAGUUCCUGACAAAGGGUGACAACAAUGCUGUGGAUGACAGAGGCCUCUAUCGCCAGGGACAACAUUGGCUCGAGAAGAAAGAUGUUGUGGGAAGAGCUCGUGGGUUUGUCCCUUACAUUGGCAUAGUGACCAUUCUUAUGAAUGACUACCCCAAAUUUAAGUACGCAGUGCUCGUUUUGCUGGGACUGUUUGUGCUGGUCCAUCGAGAGUAAAAGACGGAAGGACAUCGUCUGAGGAGAGCAGUGGAGUUUCACACUCGGGGCCAAAUGUUCCAGGUGACCAAUAGUCGUGCGAUCCUGCAGCUAUUCCCAGGGACUCCUGCUUCCUGACAGAUGUCGAUUCGGUGUUUUUAAUGAAGAUCUGUGCCGUAGAACCGUUGAAUGAUGGACAGAAAGAUGCCAUCUACCGUGCAAACGCUUUUGGAUUCUGCAUCUUAAAUUUCUAGUGCAAAGUGAUCAUUGGCUUAUCUGGCAGAGAGGAGGAAGUGGGGGGGGGGGGGGGUAUAGUCGGCAGUGGGCGGUUUUAAACCCAGGGUUGCAAUUCCUAGCUUGGACCUUGUGUGGUUUGCAGUAGAUGUUUCGGUAUAGAUUGAAAGUGUUCCAUCUUGCAGUCAAAAUAUGUAGGAAGGAACUGCAGAUGCUGGUUUAAACCGAAGGUUGACGCAAGAAGCUGGAGUAACUCAGCUGGUCAGAUUGCAUCUCUGGAGAAAAGGAAGAGGUGAAAUUUCCAUCGAGUGUGAAGAAAGCUGAAAAGUCACCCAUUCCUUCUCUCCCGCGAUCCUGCCUGACCUGCUGAGUUGCUCCAGCUUUUUUUGUGUCUAUUUUCUGUCCUGCAGUGUUGUGUGUUGGCUUUCUGCUGACAGACAUCACAAGCACAUCUCCUCCCCUCAGUGCCAGCUUUAUGGUUCAGACACUGGCCAGAGGGCCGUUCUCCCUGUGAUUGAGUUUGCCCGUACUGCCCCCUGCACCUCACCAGUGAAUCCCAGUCUACCCCAGCGAUCCCAACUGCAGUGUAUACAGGAGCUGACACUUGUAAAUCCACAAAGAUAGUUAAAACCAGGGCCAAGCAUAUAGCACAGCCAGGAGUUUUAUAUAAUCUUUGGUAAGAAUGAAAAUGCCCAGAUUCUCAGCUUUAAUUACAGGCCACCAUUUUGAGAUGAAUUCCAGAAUCUAAAGUGUAUCAAUUUUGGACAAUUGUGUAUUCUUGUACACAAUUGCCUUGUUACAUAGAUAGUACAAUUGGGAAUCUUAUCAUUGUGUGAUUAAAAUCAACAUGUGAAAUGGCAGCAGGUGGAACCAUAUCUGUGCAAAGAAAGCCAUUAAUGUUUCAGAUCCAACGUUCUUCGUUGCUGCUUGGAUGAAGAAAACGGGUUAGUUUGGGUGGGACUGUUAACUGCUCUGCUUGCCAUAGAUGCUGCCUGACCGGCUGAGUGCAGCGUUUUUUUUAAAUUUCGGGUCUCCAGUACCUGCAGGCUUUAUUUUGAUUUUCAUCUUCUCUUUCCAGUCUUACUGGAUGGAAUGAUGGCAAACUGCUGGUGUUUUUUAAAAUUUGCAUUUAGGACAGAUUUUUGGCAAUCUCUUGAGCUGAAGACAAUUGAUUUACAAUAUAUUGCACAAUAUGGGCAAUACCCUGCUGGGAAUCUUAAUAUAUCUGAACACAAGAAAUAGGAGCAGGAAGAUGUAUGCCAUCCAGCUCUUUACACCUGCCCUGCCAUCCAUCAGAGUCUAAUAUCACAGCAGCAUUUUCCAUCACUACAUCCUUAGAUUUCUCCCCUGAUAUCUAAGAAAUCUCUUGGCCUCUUUCUUGACUACACUCAGUAACUGAGCACUGGAGGGUAGAGAAUCCCAAAGAUUUGUCCCCAUGUGACUGAAGCAAUGCCCGCCUCUGAUCAAUCUGAAAUGGCCGUCCCUGUAUUCGGUAACAGUGUCCCCUGGCCCGAGAUGACUCAACCAGGGAAACUACCUCCUUGCAUCUAGCUAGUCACACCCUUGUGUAUACCACUUUUCCCAAACUCUAGAGACUACAAUCCCAAUCUCCUCAUGUUGUUACUGGGACCUGUUGAGUGUUAACUACCAUUUGCUUUUCUCCACGCUUUUCAUCACAUUUAUUUGAGGAGGGGGCUGCAUACAAUUAGAUUACUUUGUGCUGAGAACCUGGCAGAUACUCAUAAUUGAGUGUUAAGGAUUAUACAGAUGAACCCUGCCACAUACUCUUGCUUCGUCCAGUAAAGAUAUAUCUUCAAAUAUUAAUAUGGCUCUCUGCAGCUGCUUGUUAACUGAUAAUAGGCAAUAUGAUCAGUGCUUAUCUCUCAGUUUAAACACCUUGCGUCAUUUAUGGACAUUUUUUGUAUUUUUGUGCUUCAAACUGCACAAAAUCUCUGCUCAUCAAUUCUUCUUUUGGACUUGCUCUCUCUGCACCAACUUUUCGAGCCUGCCCUGCCAUUUUAUUUUAUACAACAAACUGAAUUUGAUUUGUGCACAUCCUCGACAUUUCCUUGCAACCGGCAAAAUCAAAAAUUCUUUGGUAACUAAUCUGACUGGAAAAUAAAAGUGUUUGCUGUUUUUAAUUUGCAGUUGAAUUACACAACACUGAAUCUGACUUUGUUGUGCUGUCAUUGAGAUUGCCAGCGUGAUAUUUUGGAAGCAGAGUUCCUUGUAUUCAUGAUGAUUCCAGUUUACUUUGUACGGCUAUACUGUGAGAAACUGUGGCCCUGUUCCCUCAAGAAGUCACUUCUCAAGAAUCUUGUUGGGGUCGGUGAGUUGGGGGGAAAUCAGUGCAUCAAUAAAACCAUUUCUGUAAUUUG